UGUUAAAAACGGACAAAGCAAACGCAGAAAAAAUGUAUAGUUGUAACAGUAAAAUUUAUAUGUAAAAUCUAAUUCGCACAAAGGUCGUCGUCUUUGUCUCCGUUUCAGCUUUGGAAGCAGGAAGUGGGCGGAGUGGAGCGGUGUUGAGGAGUUAUAGUAUAAUAAGACUUGGUCCGAAAAAGCAAACGCAACAAACAUGUCAACUACUCCCAACUCCAAUAGCAGUAGCAGCAACAGCAACAACAAACAGCAGACCCAGAAGCAGGAUACGUAUAGCAGUGAUAGCAGCGAAGAGAAUCUUGAGGCGGCAGAGGAGCGGAGAAGGCGCAUCCUAAAGAAUCGCAGCCGGCUUAAUCGUCCGAACAUUUCCUGCGGCGGAGCCGUUCCCAAGGACGGAAAGUCUUCGGGUGGAGCGGCGUCCACGAGCUGCCAGGCGAUGGCUUCCGCGGGAGCAGGAGGUCGCCUGCCGGCGCCGCCGGAGAGGAUCUCGAUGCUAGUAGACGGUGUACGCUUCACAGUCGAGCAGUCGCUUCUCACAGCCCAUCCCACCACCAUGCUGGGUACCAUGUUCGGUUCUGGCUUCCAGUUUGCACACGCUAACGAGCGCGGUGAAUACGACGUGGCCGACGGCAUCUCACACUUAGUGUUCCGUGCAAUCCUGGAUUACUACAAGAGCGGUGUUAUUCGCUGUCCACCAUCGGUAUCGGUGCCGGAACUAAAGGAGGCCUGCGAUUAUUUGCUUAUUCCCUUUGACGCCACAACCGUACGCUGUCAGAAUCUAAGAGGCCUGCUCCACGAGCUCAGCAACGAAGGAGCGCGCCAGCAGUUCGAGCUUUUCCUCGAGGACCUCAUCCUGCCACUAAUGGUGGCCUCAGCACAGCGCGGGGACCGUGAAUGCCACGUAGUCGUUCUGCUUGAGGAUGAUAUGGUGGACUGGGACGAGGAGUUUCCGCCGCAAAUGGGAGAGGAGUAUUGUCAAACUGUCCACAGCACUGCCAUGCAUCGCUUCUUUAAGUACAUCGAGAAUCGUGAUGUGGCUAAGCAGGUCAUGAAGGACCGCGGCCUAAAGAAGAUCCGCUGCGGCAUUGAGGGCUAUCCCACCCAUAAAGAGAAGAUCCGGAGACGUCCCGGCGGACGUGCCGAAGUGAUCUACAGCUAUGUGCAGCGCCCGUUUAUCCACAUGUCAUGGGAGAAGGAAGAGGCCAAGAGCCGCCAUGUGGACUUCCAGUGUGUAAAAUCGAAGUCAGUGACAAAUCUUGCUGAAGCAAAUGCCGAUCCUCCCUUGGAAUUGGAUGCAAGCGGCAACCCUAUUCCGCCCAUUGCAGUGGUCAAUCCGCAUCCCAAUAACAUAGAGCUGGCUCCCGAUGUGGCUGCAGCCGCCCCUGCAGUAAUGGGCGUGGCUGGCCCAGCAGCGGUAGUCGCUGUCGACGAGGCGGCUGGCGGCGUUGUGAUGCUCAACGAUUUGGCCCAGGCGGCGGGCGCUGGUGGCGCCGGCAUCGUCGACGAGAACGUGUAGAGCAAUGUAGAGACCUCGGGGAAGGUGAAAAACACUGCCAGAGUAGCAGGAGCGCGCACAGGAAACCCUUUCUACGAUUUUCAUCAACACUUUUAUAUAUAUAUGCAAUAAAAAAACAGAAAUGUCCAACACAAAA